AGGGUGAGCUGUGUUGAAUGCCCUGGGGAAUUAGAUACUACAACUGUAAUUAGACCUGACCUGUGAUGUCACAGUCUCCUUAUAUUUUGUCACAUAAACCCAGAAGAAAAUAUUUUGCUAUGUACAAAUGAAACUCCAACAAACAAGCACAAUCACACAAAGGAGGACUGCAGAUGACAUGAAACCCACAAUCUGUCUCAGCUCCAAAAAGCAACUACUGGAACAAUUACACUCUGAACAGCAAGAAGUUAAUGCCAUUACGCAGCCACUGCUGGAGACUGAGGCUGGAUUCAUAAAGAAUCUGGAGCACUACCUAACUCACAGAGACACAUUGGCCCUGAGGAAGAAGGAACUGCUCCAUAAGCGCUGGACACAGUGUGUGUGGCUACCUGUACAGCGCUGCAUUGAGCAACACUUUACACACCACGGCUAUUAUGAGACAAAGAACAUGAGGAGCAUGCACAUGCACUACAUUAACUACUGUAAUGCUAAGGGUUUUGUGUUUCUAGAGAGCUAUGAUCCACUAGAGUACAAUCCCUUCCUGCACCAUUUCAACAGACCACAUUAUCGCAAAGUUUCUACCCCACCGUUGCAGGAUCCACUGUCUCUUCAUUCACGAACCAGGAUUAAGGAAAAAAUGACAAUACUUCACUGCCAAACAGGUCAUGUAUAUCGCCGUCAGCAGGUAGAGGAACUUCUCCAGAGGCAGAGUGCACCCGUUUCCCAGAAUAGCCCUAAAAAUGUAUGGGCCAAACCCUCCAAAGAUACUGUCUCAGAGCCAGUGUGGCAGGACCGAAACGUGUGGAGAUCAAGGUACUAG